AUCCUUUGUUAGCCUCGUAAAGAGAAUUUGCUUGGAAGCCAUGGGCAUUUUAAUAGAAGAAAGGUCAACGAUAAGGUAAGAUAUUUAGCAUAAUCUGGAAUAAACAUAAAAGACAUACAUGCAUUUUGAUUUUUUGUGUAAACCUUUCAACACAGGAAAAAAAAAAAAAAUCCUUUUAGCCAAGUUCUGAGAGAGAACAAUCAUGGAGGUAGACCACCCAUCAGAUUUUAAAACCAUGCCAAUUCAAGAUGAAGCAGCAGAAACUUCAGCCACAAGAGGAAAAACAGAUCCACAACAACCACCACCAAAACCCACCGUAUUGGACAAGUACCUAGAUUACCAAGGUUAUUGGUUGGAAAAGACUCGAGGCAACUUGAUGAUAGUGGCUACUGUUAUUGCAUCCAUGGCUUUCCAAUCUGCAACAAACCCGCCAAGUGAACUCUGGAAAGAAGAUUCCCAGGGAAAAGAAUGCAGAUUUGGAAAGAUAAGGGAUGCGAUCAUAAAUAAAAGGAUACUCGAGGCAAGAAACUUAGCAAUAGGCUGUGUCAAUAAAUAUGACAGCCAAGAAUUUAUCAUCUGCAACACCGUCUCUUUCUCUACGUCUCUGUGCAUAAUCUUUCUGCUUACUGUACUGCCCCUCAAAAACAGGAUUUCUAUAUGGAUUUUACUUGUAGCUAUCUGCAUCACACUGAUUUUUGUUGCUGCUACUUACAUAAUCUCGAUCAGGUUGGAUCGUGGUAAGCCAAAGCAGGAAAGAUUUAACAAUGACAUUCUUUUGUACUACGUGCUAUUUUGGGUUUUGUUCUUGGGGAUGGUUGUCAUAUUUCUUGUCCUUAAGCUUCUGUUUUGGCUAUUCAAGAAACUGGCAAUUGGCCUCUUCUAUGCCAUGAAGUUUCUAUGUAAGAUGGGGAAGCAACAGCAGAAGCCGAAAGUGAUCGGCUCACCAGCAGCCCGUGUUUGAGAAUGAACAACUACUAGAUAUUGAAAAAUGAAGAACUACAACGUUGGUUUGCGACUCUGUCAAGAUCUCUAUAAGCAUAGGAGGAGGUAUUGCUUUAAAAUUGUACAAAUCCUUGUCAGUCACCAUCGAGCGAUUUUGCUACGAAGCCAUUGGAAUUUUAAUAUAAGCAAGGUCAAUGCUAAGCUGAGAAAUUUAAACACAAUCUGGAAUAGACAUAUGAGACAUACAUGCCCUUUGGUUUACUCAGUUUUGUGGAAGCCAUCCACCAACACAGAAGAAAAUCUCUCUAAACAAGUUCUGAGAGAGACCAAUCAUGGAGAUAGACCAUCCAUCAGAACUCAGAACCAUGCCAAUUCAAGAUGAAGCAGCAGAAACUGCACCCACAAGAGAAAAAAGAGAUCCACCACAACCACCACCAAAGCCCACCGUGUUGGACAAGUACUUAGAUUACCAGGGCUAUUGGUUGGAAAGGACUCGAGGCAACUUGAUGAUAGUGGCUACUGUUAUUGCAUCCAUGGCUUUUCAAUCUGCAACAAACCCACCAGUGAACUCUGGAAAGAAGAUUCCCAGGAAAAAGAUUGCAGAUUUGGAAAGAUAAAGGAUGCGAUCAUAAAUAAAAAGAUACUCGAGGCAAGAAACAUAGCAAUAGCCUGUGUCAAUAAAUAUGACAGCCAAGAAUUUAUCAUCUGCAACACCGUCAAUUUCUCUGCGUCUAUCUGCAUAAUCUUUCUGCUUACUGUACUGCCCCUCAAAAACAGGAUUUCCAUAUGGAUUUUACUUGUAGCUAUCAGCAUCACACUGAUUUUCGUAGCUGCUACUUACAUAAUCUUGAUCAGCUUGGAUGGUGGUGGGUCAAACAAGGAAAGAUUUAUGGAUGAAAUUCUUUUGUACUACGUGGUAUUUUGGGUUUUGUUCCUACUGAUGGUUGUCAUAUUUCUUGUCCUCAAACUUCUGUUUUGUAUAUUCAAGAAACUGGCAGUUGGUGUCUUCCAUGCCAUAAAGUUUCAAUAUAAGAUGGGGAAGCAACCACGGAAGCCGAAAGUCAUCGAGCUACCAGCAGCCCGUGUUUGAGAAAGAACAACUACUAGAUUUUGAGAAUGAAGAACUACAAAGGUUAGCACAUAUAUGGUCCAGACUAAUAGCGUGUUUCCCUUAAAGCAUGCUUGGAAUCCAUUUGUAUAUAUGUUUGCAAGUUAGGCUAGGAGUUCCAAAAUCUACAGGAGAACCAAUGCCAAUGAAAUUUAUAUUAGAUUCACUAUUCAGGAUGUUAGAUAUAGAAAUCUUGGUUCGUCAGUUUGAACAAAACAGAUCCUAGAUGAUUCAUAGAGCUAUUUGUGAUAGGUGGGUAUUAACUUUUCAAGCCAGCUUAUGCUGUAGAACUCUGUUUCUUGUUUUGUACUAUACAAACAAUAAUGAUAUUUAUAGUAUAUAAUUGAUCCUCU